AUGAGUCGCAAGGAUACGUGGGAAUGGAAAAUUGCCAAUAACAAAAAGGGUCGCUGGAAUAUUGAUAAGGUAUCUACACCUUUCUUCCUCACUAAUUUUCCUUCUGACAUGGAUAAUAAGCAACUUUGGUCCAUAUGUGAAAAGUAUGGGAGGGUUUCAGAUGUUUAUAUAGCCCGGAAAUUGUCCAAGUCUGGGAAAAGGAUUGCAUUUGUUAGAUUUCUUAAAGUACAGGAUGAGAAACAGCUUGAAUUGAAACUUCGGGAUCUCUGGAUUGGCAGUUUUCAUGUUUUUGUUUCUUUGGCAAAGUUUGGAAGGGAGAACAAUCGUGUGCAUGGGGAGUCACAUGUGCAUGUGCAUACUGUUGGUGCCGGUAGCAAUAAUACCCAGAAAGUAACUUAUGCUAAUGUUGUUAAGGGUGAUGUUGUAAAACCGAAUAAAGCUGAGAAGUCGAUUAUUCUUGAGGGUAAGGAUAUUAUUAAUGAAUUAGCUGUAAAACCAUCAGUAUUUUGUCAAGUAAGAAGUGUUAGGUUGAUUCCGAAAUUAUUAGUUUUGUUGAAAGAGGAAGGGUUCCAUGACUUACAGAUAAAAUAUUUGGGUGGUGAUUGGGUUUAUGUGGAGUUUGAUUCAGAUUUGGUGUGCUCUAAGUUUAAGAAGUCGUCUUCUAUUCACGCUUUUUUCUCUAAUUUCAGGCCAGUGGUUAAUGGAUUUACAAUUGUAGAGAGGGUUGUUUGGAUUGAAAUACUUGGAUUACUAUGUUGUGCAUGGAAUGAUAAUGCAGUGAAUAAGGUAGCAGGUAUUUGGGGUGAAGUGUGCUUUUUGGAUGAUGAUAAUCAAGCUCCAUUGGCAAUUAAAAGAGUUUGUAUCGAAACAGCUCAAUCUUCAUUAAUUCAGGAAAAAUUGUCUUUGGAGGCUCAAGGAAUUAAUUAUACUGUGGUGGUUAAAGAAUUGUCAAAUUGGGAACCAGAUAUUCUAUGUAAUGAAGAUGCUUUAAAUUAUGAUAUUCCUUCUUUAGCAAGUGAUUCGGAAAAGGAAGUUAAUGAUUUUGAUGAAGAUGUAGCUGAAGAAGAAGGAGAAAUGACACCUAAGGGCUUUGUAGAUCGGAAAGGACGAUUUUUUCAAACAGAGCCGUUAAAAUCUGAUGAGCACAAGAGGAGUUACAACUCGGUACCAUUAGAUGCUCCCGUGGGUGGUCCGAUUGAUGUUAGCGGUGAUCAGAGAGGUGCUGUUGGUUCUGGAACAGCACCGGAUACUCCUAAUGCUACAAUGGCAGGCUCUACGGUGGAAGCUAAGCAAGGGUUAUGUGAAGAUAAUGGUUCAAAUGAGUCUCUUUCGCAACCACCAGGUUUCAGACGUGAUGUAGAGCUCAAUCCUGGGACCAUUAAAAUGAAGUCUAAUUCUGCUAGUUCUCAUGGUUCUUCGAGAUUAUUGAAAAAAAGAGUCCCGGAUAAUAUUAAAGAUAUUUCGGAUAUUAUGAAUCAGUAUGUUGAAAUGGGAAGGAGUGCUGAGGAGAGAUUUGGUUCCGUUUUUUGCUCUUCUUCUGCUGAGGAUUUUAAUAAUUUUAUAGAUGAUGUGGGGGGUGUGGAUGUGCCUAUGAUUGGGAAGAAAUUUACUAGGGUUGACUCUUCUAAUGUCAAGCUUAGUAAGCUAGAUCGUUUUUUGGUUUCUGAGGGUGUUUCUGACCGGUUUCAGGGUUUACAGGUGGCAGUGUUAGAUCGGUUGUGGUCUGACCAUAGUCCUAUUUUGUUGCAUGAAGUUAAGGUUGCUUAUGGUCCUCCUCCUUUUAGAUUUUUUAAUUCGUGGAUGUUGUUGGAUGGCUUUGAUGAGAUGAUCCGAGCAAGUGUUUCAGAGUUUGAGGUGAAUCAAAGCUGGAGUAAAUUUGUUGUGUUCAAAAAUAAACUUAAGUUUAUUAAGAAUAGGAUUUGGGAGUGGAUUGCACAGACUAAGGAGAUCCGUGAACAGCAGAAGAAUGAUCUAAAGUCUCGGUUGCAUGAUAUUGACAUGAGGAUUGAUAGUGGUGAUAUCUCUACUCAAAUAUGUAAUGAACGAAAAUAG